UGGAAGAAGGCAAAACAAGUGUCAUUUGCCAACAGGUCAUCAGCUAGGUUGCUAGCUAGUUAAUUAGCUAACUAUAAAAGACGUAUUCUGUCAUGGCUGCAGAUAACAACAUGUUUCUUAGAGCCAGAGAUCGGACCUAUGCUGGGCUUACUGAAGAUGAAGAGAGAGAGUGGAAGGGCCCAUUCUACUUCAUCCAGGCGGCAGACCCUCAGCUAGGCCUGAUGAAGGCCUGGAAGGUGGGUGACUGUGAUGGUGGAGGGGACGAAUGGGCAGACGAGGUCCGCCUCACCAAGCAGGCAGUGCAGGCGGUGAACAAACUGAGCCCGAGGCCACGCUUCAUGGUGAUAUGUGGAGACCUGGUUCAUGCUAUGCCAGGCACGGAUUACAGGGAGGAGCAGGAGAGGGACCUGAAGGAGGCCUUGAAAGGCAUAGACCCCGGCAUCCCGCUGGUGUUCGUCAGCGGCAACCACGACCUGGGGAACACCCCCACGCCCGAGACCGUGGAGCUUUACCGGUGCGGGUGGGGCGACGAUUACUUCAGCUUCUGGGUGGGCGGAGUGCUGUGUUUGGUGCUGAACUCGCAGCUGUUCUUUGACGGAUCGGCCUGCCCCGAGCAGAGGGACGCCCACGAGGCCUGGCUGGAGGAGCAGCUUCAGAGGGCCGCACAGGGCCCCUGCCACCACACCCUCAUCUUCCAGCACAUUCCCCUCUAUUUGCGCUCCCCGGACGAGGAGGACGACUACUUCAACCUGCAGAGAGCCGUGAGGGAGAGCCUCAUGAAGCGAUUCCAACAGGCAGGAGUGAAAGCAGUCUUCUCUGGACACUACCACCGCAACGCAGGGGGGUUCCACAAUGGCCUGGACAUGGUGGUGAGCUCAGCCAUUGGCUGUCAGCUGGGAACAGACCCCCAUGGAGUGAGGGUAGUUGUUGUGACGGAGAAGGGAGUGGUCCAUCGCUACUACAGUCUGGAUCAGCUGAGUGAAAGUGGUAUGGAUGAAGAUCUGAAGAAACUACUAGCCUGAAGCAGUGACUGUGCACAGUGCAUUCAGCCAAUGGCAGUCUGGAUCAGCAUCCCGAAGAGCACCUGUGUGAAUUCCAUCACUGAGGAGGGCUGCCUGUGGUCUGAGACCUGGCACUUACGUUAAGGAAACCCUAGCCUCACCAUCUUCUGGAUCAUUCCGUUAGAUGUGAUCAGUAUAUUAAUAUGGCAAUUCAAUGCUCGCCUAUGUUUGUGUGAACAACAACAGUCCUAGAGGAAUCCCAGAGGAAUCCACAUUUAACUAUCAUCCACAGAACGAUGUCCAGCCAAACAAUACAUGAUAAAAAUGUGAGAAAAUGUGAUUUGUUAGCGGCUGUUUAGAAACAUUCAAUAAACAGCUUUCCUUUCAUCAGAGGCUUUUCUCGUCAGCUGGUAAAGAAUAUUGCACAUGCUCUCAGGUUAUGCAUUUAACUUUUUAUGAUUAAAACGAAACUAAACAGUUCCUUCGGGUUGGUGGCCAGGGACAUGUUUAUGUUAUCAAUGGUUAUGUUACAUUAAAUUGCAAAUAUACUUUGUGACUUGCAGUAUUGGAUGUACAUCUUCAGCUAACAGCAUUUGUCUGCCGUAUACCCAUACUGAUGUACUUUUGCAAACAGGAGAGUAGGGGGAGUGAAUUUGCCAUGGAAACAAAUACAAUGCACAGCCUGGAUGAACAUGAGUGAGCACUUAUUCGAAAGCAAGACUGUCAAAGGCAUUUGUUUUGACCUCAUUUCACAUUCUAGUGGAUUACUGUCGCUUCACAAAGACAAUCUUUAAAUAGUAGGAGCAAACACAAAACUUGGAACAGGGUACUUUAUCAAGAUUAUAGUAUGAAAGUAGCCAGCCAGAACACUUCUGUGUCCUGACAAUUAUCUUUUUUUCAUUCUUUCUGUGAAAACUGUACUUUGUGUUUCAUCUCCACUGUUAGACACCAUUUUAGGUGAUGCAGUAAAGACGGUAAACACAUUCUGGCAUUUCGACUUUUUACUCAAGUCUUUAUAAUUUUAGUUUGUCCAAGAGAGACAUAUG